CGCUUUGAUGGUCCAAUAAUUAAAUGUCAAUAGCGGACAGUCUUUUAAACGUUCUUUAGUAUCAUAAAUUGAACGCUGUACCGGUUCGCACGACUGGGAACAGGAUCACCUCUCAGAUGACCAGCAGAGAUGCUUUCAGAUUGUACCGGGAGAAGACGCGGGACAAGCCUGCGUAUGAGCGAGUGUACUUCUUUCACGCUCAUAUAUACUACAACAUCGAUGAUGCUGGCGAAGUCGCCAAGAUGGACGCCUUACACAAAACCCUCCAAGGCAGCUUCUCGCAGGAUGAUCAUUACGAGGUUCACACCUUGCAGACAAAACCUGUGGGGCCUCACCCACUACCGAACCUGGAAGUACUCUUCACCAGGGAUCGCUUCACAGAGUUUGUGUCGUACCUGACCUUCACGAUGCCUCCGACGUUCAGCGCGCUCAUACAUCAAUUGACGAGUGAUCAGCUCGGGGACCAUACCACAAGGGCGAUGUGGCUAGGAAAGCAGCUCCCACUCAAGCCGGAGAUCCUGCACAAGAUGGAUGAAAGAUCAGCUGCCAAGGGGAUGUCUGAAGAGGAAAUAGUCUGGGCUGUGCAUGCGCACUAGGAUCAACUGUCUUGAAAAGAAAAGUUGAUUAAGGCUUAUGAGGCAAACGUGAUGAAGCAGCCGUUCAGCGGAUUCUAAAUAUUCUGCACUGCAUAAACUACACCAAUGCAGGAAACUUCCCUUUGUGAAUCUGAAAGACAGAAUCCUUCAAAGCUACAAUUAGAGCCACGCAGCUCUGACAUGUAAGGCGCUGUUUGUGAC